GAUGAACAUCAACCCCAUUUUGAAUUUCGUAUAAGCAGGUUGGUUAAGCAAUUCAAAGAAAAUGGCUAACCCAUCAUGCUUAUUAUAUGCGUUUCUUUUACUUGUUGCAUUUCAAUCUACCAUGAUUAAUGCCAAUACUGUUAUUCAUACACCUCAAUGCAGACCAGUAGCUGCUUCCUCUAACGAAAAGAUCAUAUUCUCUGUGAACUUGCUCUUAUAUCAAGCGCAGUUUCUUCUCCAUGCUUCAAUUGGAGUUGGAAUCAAUGAUGUAUCACCAGGUCUGGUCCAAGGUCCUGCUCCCAUUGGAGCCACCACUGCUAAUUUCAGUAACUCCGUCCGUAGGGUUAUUGAGGAAGUUGGUUUACUUACUGUUGGCCAUCUCAGGGCUCUCGUACAAGCCGAAAUACUGGAUGCUCCAAUAACAAGCCCACUAAUAGAUGUCAGCGCAGAAGCAUAUGCCGCAUUUGUGAACGUGGCUUUCAAUGUCUCUACUUUGACUCCUCCAUUCAAUAUUUACGCCAACACCCCCAGCUUUGUGGCCGCAGCGAAAGGUUUUUCUGCAUUUAUACAACAAUAUUACGCCGGAAUUAUACCUUCGAUUGUGGGCAACGAUCUACAACAGCUGGUGACUAGAAUCGGGCUCAGCCAGGCAGUAGGAUUAGGAGUUCUCCGAACACUACUUAACGAUGUGAUCAAUUCAACAGUGCAGCCAUACACAUUCACAGCGGCGGAGCUUAGCAACCGUACUUCAGAAGUGGUUAACCGGCUUGGGGGAUGUGGUGUAAAAGCUGAAGGUUUGAUUGUGCCAUUGCAACUUGGAGCAGAGAAUCGAACUACCAGUAACGUCGUGCCGGCUGAUGUCAAUUCCCUUGCGUAUGUACGGUUUGAACGUGAGAUAUUGAGGAUAGUAUAUGGAACCGGUAACGCCACCAUGCCUGGUGGACUUUAUCCAAGUGGUUUCAUUGGGUCACUUAAUCGACGCAUUCGUGACUUGCAACUUAGCUAAUUAAGAGCUUUUGAAGCUUUGACAAUGAUAAUACUAUGUUCUAUCAUAAAUAAAAACCAUUGCAUGUUAUAAAGAAA